AUGGGCGAUUAUUUCGCACAUGUUCCUGUCUUUGCAGAGGACAUCUUCCGUAGAAGGUUCCGAAUGUGCAAAGCCAUGUUCCUAGACAUCAGCAACGACCUUAAUCAAGAGUUCGAGUACUUCCAAAGGCGGUCAAACCAUGCCGGGGUGCCUGGUUUCGCAACAAUUCAAAAGGUAACAGCUGCGGUUCGUAUGCUUGCUUACGGUGGUGCUGCAGAUAUGUUUGAUGAGUAUGUUAGAAUGGGGGAGAGCACCAUGAUCGAGUGCUUAAACCAUUUCACUAGAGCAGUGAUAGAGAAGUAUGGAGACACUUACCGUAGACAGCCAUAUGGCGAUGACAUUGCUAGCAUUGCAAGUGGAACUGGCCCUCCUGUGACUUACUUUGUUAAUGGUAAUGAGUACAAUAUGGGUUACUAUUUGGCCGAUGGCAUUUACCCUUCAUGGGCAACUCUGAUUAAUGGAGUACCCAGACCACAAAGCAACAAGCACAAAUACUUCACACUGAAGCAAUCUGAAUAUAGGAAAGAUGUGGAGUGUGCCUUUGGUCGAAUCCAGUCCAUGUGGGGGAUUAUGAAAGGUCCUGCCAGGCUCUGGAAUCCUGUUGACCUCAACUGCAUUGUGGAGUGCGUUGUGAUCCUAAACAACAUGGGCAUUCAGUAUGAGGCCAACAUGGAAGACAUUUCCAAUGAAGAGUAUCGAAGAGUCCGUGAUGAGGCCACUGUUUCAUUACCUGAUACUCGUAAUAUUCCAGAGAUUGCCAGGUUGAUAGAAGGUCACAAGCUCAUUCAAAGCCGUGCUGCAAACGAACAGUUGAAAGCUGACCUCAUCGAGCAUGUUUGGAUUUUCCAUGGAUCGACCUAG